AUGGGUGUAAGAAAUAUGACAGAGCUCCCUUACAGGAAAAUCAAUAUUUCUGCAAUUCGGGUAAUUCUAGACGAUCAAGCUCUUUACUAUUUCCUGUUAGUUAACUAUUGGGGCCCUGCCUUAGUGGUGUGCUUUCUUGGAAUCCUUACAAAUAUUCUCAAUAUAAUUACUUUUUCUAAACAAGGCGUGCGGGACACUGUCAACAUAAGCCUCCUGGGCUUGGCUACAUCAGACUUGGGUUCGCAGAUCACACUGUUUUAUACAAAUAUCUCCUUCCUGCCGGCUUUCUUGGAGCUUGAUCUCCCAUUUGUCAGCAGCGACGUGACGUAUGUUUCAGCCUGGUCUCACGUGGUAUUCACCAGAAUCAGCACCUGGAUAACUGCUUAUAUCACGCUAGAGAGAUGUCUCUGUGUUACUGCGCCCCUGAAAGUCAAGAAUUGGUUUACGCCCAAGAGGACAGUACUGUAUGUAAUAUUUGUCUACGUUUUCAUGCUGGCAAGCGUCACUCCUAUCUUCUACACUGCUCGGCCAGCUAAAAUCUUUUACCCCUUAAACAAUAAAACCUUGAUUGGGAUAUCCUUUUUAGAGGACCGAAACACAAUAGAGACCGUCGCAUUUAUGACAAACAAUACAAUCCCAACACUGGCGUUUUGUCUGGUUACAAUCUGCACCGCUAUCCUGGUUACAAACUUGCAACGGAAAUCUAAAUGGCGUCUACAAUCUUCGAAUUCUAACUCCACAAAUGUAAUUUCUGACAGAGACAAAAAGGUUGUCAAAAUGGUGGUGCUAAUAUCAGCAAUAUUUAUUAUUUGUUACUUACCAGGGACAGCUGUUUUUGUGUACAUGUUGUUAGAUCCGGAAGUGAGAAUUGAUGGGGUUCAGAAGAACCUGUUACUUGCCGUGUUUUCAGUUUUAUUUCAUCUAGAAUCCAUCAACGCUGGAGUCAAUAUCUUUAUAUACUUGAGCAUGAGUUCGAAGUUUAAGGUUACCUUUAUGAAUAUGUUUUCGUUCCACAAUAACAAAUUAUUCAAAAGACACAAGGAAAUUGAAAAAAUAGUGUGUGUCUAUUAA